GCCGGUCACGUGACGGGCCUGGCGGUGGAGGCGGCGGCGGUAGCGGCGGCGGCCGCGGUGUCUUUAGCGGCUCCCAGUGCAGGAUGGUGCUGGAAGAGGCGGCGGCCGUGGUGGCGGCGGCGUUGUUGGCAACUGCGGGAGGGGGAGCGGUGGCGGCAGUGGCGCCUGCGGGGGGUAUAAAAUGGCGGAUUUCGAAGAGUUGAGGGAUCUCCAAUACAGUGUUGACUAGAAGCUGUGAUGGGGGCAUCCUGAUCUUGUUCCUGAUUUUAAAAGGAAUGCUUUCAAAAUUUCAAAUAUGGUUUCUAGUUUUAGAGUUUCUGAACUACAAGUGUUACUAGGCUUUGCUGGACGGAAUAAAAGUGGACGCAAGCAUGACCUCCUGAUGAGGGCCCUGCAUUUAUUGAAGAGUGGCUGCAGCCCUGCGGUUCAGAUUAAAAUCCGAGAAUUGUAUAGACGCCGAUAUCCACGGACUCUUGAAGGGCUUUCUGAUUUAUCUGCAAUCAAAUCAUCAGUUUUCAGUUUGGAUAGUAGCUCAUCACCUGUAGAACCUGACCUGGCUGUGGCUGGAAUCCACUCGUUGCCCUCCACUUCAGUUACAUCUCACUCACCGUCCUCUCCUGUUGGUUCUGUGCUACUUCAAGAUACUAAGCCCACUUUUGAGAUGCAGCAACCAUCUCCUCCAAUUCCUCCUGUCCAUCCUGAUGUGCAGUUAAAAAACCUGCCCUUUUAUGAUGUCCUUGAUGUUCUCAUCAAGCCCACAAGUUUAGUUCAAAGCAGUAUUCAACGAUUUCAAGAGAAGUUUUUUAUUUUUGCUUUGACACCUCAACAGGUUAGAGAGAUAUGCAUAUCAAGGGACUUUUUGCCAGGUGGUCGGAGAGAUUAUACAGUUCAAGUUCAGCUAAGACUUUGCCUGGCAGAGACAAGUUGUCCUCAAGAAGAUAACUAUCCCAAUAGUCUCUGUAUAAAAGUAAAUGGGAAACUAUUUCCUUUGCCUGGCUAUGCACCACCACCGAAAAAUGGGAUUGAGCAGAAGCGCCCUGGACGCCCCUUGAAUAUUACAUCUUUAGUGAGGUUGUCUUCAGCUGUGCCAAACCAGAUUUCUAUUUCUUGGGCAUCUGAAAUUGGAAAGAAUUAUUCUAUGUCUGUAUAUCUUGUACGACAACUGACAUCAGCCAUGUUAUUACAGAGAUUAAAAAUGAAAGGUAUUAGAAACCCCGAUCAUUCCAGAGCACUAAUUAAAGAAAAACUUACUGCAGAUCCUGAUAGUGAAAUUGCUACAACUAGUCUCCGGGUGUCCUUGACGUGCCCUCUAGGGAAAAUGAGGCUAACAAUCCCAUGCCGUGCAGUGACAUGUACACAUCUGCAGUGUUUCGAUGCUGCCCUUUAUCUACAAAUGAAUGAGAAGAAGCCCACCUGGAUUUGUCCUGUCUGUGACAAAAAAGCUGCCUACGAAAGUCUAAUAUUAGAUGGGCUUUUUAUGGAAAUUCUCAAUGACUGUUCUGAUGUGGAUGAGAUCAAAUUCCAAGAAGAUGGUUCUUGGUGUCCGAUGAGACCGAAGAAAGAAGCUAUGAAAGUAUCCAGCCAACCAUGUACAAAAAUAGAAAGUUCAGGUGUCCUCAGUAAGCCUUGUUCAGUUACUGUAGCCGGUGAGGUAAGCAAGAAGAAAGUGGAUGUUAUCGACCUAACAAUAGAAAGCUCUUCUGAUGAAGAGGAAGACCCCCCUGCCAAAAGGAAAUGCAUCUUUAUGUCAGAAACACAAAGCAGCCCAACCAAAGGGGUUCUCAUGUAUCAGCCAUCUAUAAGGGUGCCUAGUGUGACUUCGGUUGAUCCUGCUGCUAUUCCGCCUUCAUUAACAGACUACUCAGUACCAUUCCACCACACCCCAAUAUCAAGCAUGUCAUCAGAUUUGCCAGGUUUGGAUUUUCUUUCCCUUAUUCCAGUUGAUCCCCAGUGUAGCCUCUUCCUCAUCGGCAUCAUUGUUUGUUUCAAGCAGUACUGUCCUCCUAUGUUUUUGGAUAGUCUCACCUCACCCUUAACAGCAAGCAGUACGUCUGUCACCACCACCAGCCCCCAUGAAAGCAGUACUCAUGUUAGUUCAUCCAGCAGCAGGAGUGAGACAGGGGUCAUAACCAGCAGUGGAAGUAGCAUUCCUGACAUCAUCUCAUUGGACUAAAGAAGGACGCACUUGAUUCUGGGAAUCAUUUCAUCAGAACUACUUUUUCUUGGAUCUCUGAUCCAUGGAAGUUAUUAUUUUGGCAAUUUGAUAUUUAUUGAAACAUCAUAUGGAUUCUUUUGCUUUCUGAGAGAUGAACAUAGAUGACAGCAGCAAGAACCAAAUGACAGGCAAGGACUUCUUACACAUACUGUACACUGAUCAGCAGAUACUUUCAGCCAUAAACAGUGUCUUGAGCAGUGGAUUUCAAUUUCAUAUGUUACUGGAUGGAUUUUACAAAUCAUUUAAAAAUUUUUGUUAUAUAAUAAACAGCAAUAAAAAUUAUGUAAAUAUUUGAACUUUCUAAUUCAAAAAAGAUGUAAUCAUUGAUGCUAGAAUGAUGCAACUUCUAUUUAACUCAAUGUGAAGGAAAAAAUAUAUGGAAAGAAGUCGUGUUUGCUGAAUGAAUCCUUUCCACAGAGAUUUGUUCUAUUUUAUUGAAGUAUUGAAAUUUUGAUAAAUGGCCAGAGUUGGGUUCCACUUGCAGUUCCACUUUUCUUCAUGAUCCCAUCAAAGAAAAAUGGCCUCUGUGUUGUGCAUUUCCUCUCGGUUGUCAUUUAUACCUUGACACUGUUUGCUAAUGAAUGCAGAGUGAAGCUCUGGGCUUUGGCUGCUCUUUAUUAGUGAUGAUGUUUAAGAACUCUAUGCAGAUUCUGCCCUGACAUAUUUUUUGGUAACUGUACAUUCUCAUUCUAGAGUUUUCUAUAAAUGUGAGGCUUGCCUUCUUAGGAAAGAAAUUGUCUCCAGCCUUUCAGGUAAGGUACAGUUGGAAAGUUUGUUAGAUUUUUCUUCAUGAUGUCCAGAAAUAUUGAUACUUUGAGAGCAGCAGUAGAGAAGAUUUAUGGGAGAUGGUAAUAACAAAUUUACUUCCCGAGAACUUAAUUUGCUCAUUUACUUUAUAGGAUAAUAUACAAAUCUUUGUUGAAACUUUUCACAUUUUAGAGACGCUGACAUAGAAAUUAUAUUUUACAUUUCGCAUCAUAUUGCUCACCAGUGUAUUUUCUGUCUCAGCAUUGAUUUUCAAAUUUAAGGAAAAAAUAGCAAGGCAUGGGGAAUAGCAUCAGAUUUUUUUUUACCUUUUAAAAAGAGAAUAUUUUCUGAAACCACAAAAUGAGAAAUGGUUGAAGUAAGGAAGGGUUGGGGAGGGACCUGAAGCCCACCUACUUUGUGUCUCACUCCACCCUUUGCUGAAACACUCCUUUCUCAUGCCUUUACUGGGGCAACUUGAAAACCACUUUCCUGGUGGGUAAUUUUAAAUUGCUCAAAAAUGAGUUUUACUUGAAGGGAGACAUUUUCAUCCAGGUUUUGUAGUUUGCUUCAUUUGGCUUCUUAAAUCAUUUUGAGUUCUCAAGGAUUUAGGACUUUGCUGAUGUUUAGCUUUCUCUCCCUAAGCUGUAUCUACUUUAAAACAAAAUCAUUCGGGCCGGGGAUUUAGCUCAGUGGUUCCGCUCCUGCCUUGCAAGCGCAAGGACCCGAGUUCGAUCCCUGGUACCAAAAAAGAAAACAAAAAUCAUUCUUUUCAUGGCUAAUCAAACUGAUUUCUCUGGCAGAUGUGCCCAUGUGAGGCCUCUACACUUCCGGUUUUAACAGAAACACAUUACUUCAAAAUAGGUACAACUUCAGGGAGCUGACUUCUUGUCCUUGCUUGAUUUUUUGCAUCUCCUCAAGUUUUCAUGUCAUUUGUACACUCUUUGUGCUGAUUUAAUUUAUAGUUUUUCACACUUCUUUGGCUUCAUCAUCCCCCAAUUUACUAUAGUGCCCCUUUGGUAGCACCACCUAUUAAAGAUGUGGAAACACAAAACCAACCUUGACUCUUCCAGCAGUAGUUGAACCAGAGUCACCAAUUUUAACUUCUUUGUCAUUAGAUUUGAGUCCAGGUUAGAGUCAAACAGACAUAAAAUUUCUUCUACUAGAAUUUUAUGUUGCUGCUCUAAGUAUACAUGUAGUUUGUUAACUCUGUUAUCAGAAAAAGUAACCUUAUUUGUGUGGUAUCAUUUGUUAAUAAAGUAUAUUUCUUAACAUUUUGUUAUACUUUUGAUUCUCAUACUUUUGAUUCUCCCCCAAUUUCAUAAACCAAGUUUUAUAAAAUAAAUGAGAUUAAUAGAAAUUAUUUACUUAUUUCUUACAACUGAUAGCCUCUUUGCUUUUGUAGUUGUGAUACGUUGUUACUAUUUUAUGUGAAUAGUUUUAAUAUUUUUGGUGCUGUACACUUAAGUUACAUAUGAAAGUUUAGUUUCUCUUAGCCGACUAACACUUAAACUUUUCAGUUUUUAUCUUAAAGUUGGGGCUUAUCUUUGGUAUGUGUCUUUGAAGAUGAGUCCUUUUUCUUUAUGCCUUGGCCCUAUGGCAGCAUUAUGGUUUUUAAGCCAGCAGCCUUUAAUUAAUAUGGUUGCUGUAAUUAUUAGCACAAAGAUUUUAAUUUUUUAGCAGUGUAUUUUGCUAGUACACAUUUCUGCUUACCCAAGUACAAUAGAAUAAAGUCAUCUUAACUGUUACUUAGAUGUCAACCAGCAAGAAACCAGUUGUUACUUUUAUAGUCACUUAGACAACUGUAUUUUUAUCUUCAUUCAUGUAGAGCUAUGAAGGGCUUUUGUUUGGUAACUCCUGGCAAUGUAAUUGGUGCUGAAUAUACCUUCAUUCAUGAGGUCUGCUUAUACUCACUAGCUUUCUCACCCCUGAAUGAACAACUUCAGGAUUUAAUUUUCAUUUCUGCUGAGAAAUUAUAAGUACUUGACAUUUACCCUAAGAUAAUUUUAAAGGUCCAAUGAAAUAGUUGAAGUGAAUCCAGGUUAUGUAAGAUGUUGGAUUAUAGGUGAAGUGGUGUGGAACAGAAAUUAUUUUGAUUUUUGAUAUGCCCUCAGGCCAGUCCUGGAUACUCCGUUUGGUAACUAUCCCAUAUGUCUUUUUCUUCUGCCAAUAAAGUAUUAGUUACAUUUGUAUUUUAAGUAACGUUAGUUUUAUGAAGCAUUGAUUUAGUUCUCAGCCCUUUCUCUUUAAUCUUCAGUUAAGGGAAAAAAAUUUUGUUUGCCUGUACCUUGUUCUCCAUUUCUAUGGAAUGUCAUAAGAAAUUGUUUCCCAGCUCUUUAAAUACCCCAUUUUAUAAAGCUUGAGUCUGAUGUUGGUUUUAGUGGCACUGAUCCAUAUGUUGUGGAAGUUUGAAAUUGUCAUUUUGAUGGAUGAUUGAUGGUUCAACUGGACACAGCAUCUUUUCUGCUACAGUGCUACAUGCAUUGGUGAAGUUUGUGAAAAGGAUUUAAGAAUUUCUCUGCUUGUUAAGAGUCUGACCCUACCAAAUAAACAAGUGGUUUGUAUCCUUGUCUUCUUUUUGGUUAGGUACCACACUACAAUUGCUAGAAAAAACAAAUAUAGGCAUAUAAAAAUAUUCACCCCCUCCUUUAAUACUUGCCUAGUUGGAUAUGUUUUUGUUUUUUCUGUUUAUAUCAACAGGACAUGCUCAUUGUGGAAAUUUUAAAUAAUACAGAAAAGUAUAAAGAAAAAUAACAAUUUUUAUCACCGAGUGAAAAGAGCCUCACUUGGUAUUUUUGCAUAUUUCUUGCCAAACUCUCUGCUAUUUGUGCGUAUUUUUUCAUAGAUUUAUUCAAUCUCAGCAUACUUUGUACCUUGGAUUUCCCCUCAGUCUACAGCAUUGUUCCAUUUUGUUAAAAACUGUGUCAGCCAUUACUAAUUACAUAAUAUUCCAUUGUAUGGAUGUGCCAUGAUGAUUCAUAUACUCUGUCCCAUUGGAUGUUUUAGAUUUAAUCUCAUAGUGUUACAGUGACUGCAUAAAUUAUUUUCCUUAGGAUGAAUUCCUAAAGAAAUGAUUUCUGGGUCAAGGCUAUAGUUAUGGUCUUUUAUGGCCCCACCUGAUGGUAUGAGAAAAGGCUGUCUAGCUAUGUUUUUUAAGAACACUUAAGAUUUACCUUUAUGUAGGCAACUGUACUAAGGUCUUCUGCCCUUAUGAUACUAGUAAACUGGGCUGAAGAGAUAAUUAGCAAGCAUCUUCCUAGGCUUUCUCAUUUAAAUAUACUGUUGUCCCUCAUCUGUAGGGGAUUAGUUCUAGGUCUGGCUCCAAUACCAAAAUCCACAGGUGCUCAAGUCUCUUUUAUAAAGUGAGAUGGUAUUUGUAUAUAACUACACAAUCCUCCCACAUACUUUAAAGCAUUUAGAUUAUUAAUAAUACUUAAUACAAUGUAAAUGUUUGUAAAUAGUUGUUAUACUACAGUAUUUAGGGAAUAAUAACAAAAAGAAAAAGUCUCCAUGCUCAAUACACAUGGAAUUUUUUCCUGAAUAUUUUCAGUCUGCAGUUGGUUGGAUCUACAGAUGCAGAGCCCCUGGCUAUAGAGGGUUGGACUGUAUUUACUGACAAGUUCCAGAAGUGUUUACAUAUGGAUAGCCAACUGAUUUUGCUUGCACUGUGAAGUAAAUAUUCCUUGUCAGAUUACAUUUUGGGAGUUUUGAUUUUGAUUUUAUUCUUUUUUACCAUUUGUGCCUAGGGCCAGCCCUUAGUAGCCAGCUCUCUUUUUCCUCUCAUAGGCUCCAUUUUGGCCUUUCUGAGCUUCCUAAAGCCAGUAGGAUCUGCUGAGGCAAAGGCAGUCCAUCUCAAACUGGAAAAGUGGUAAGGCUAAAAUACCAACAGGAUCCAGUUCUGCCUGUUUCACUUUGCAUUAUUUUAUGUUGCCAAUUAGAUCUUAACUCUUAGUUUUCUAAGAACACCAUGGGGAAAGAAAACAUUUCUAUAUAUAGAAGUUUCAGGAGUAGCAUUUUUUUAAUUGGCAUAGUACAUUUCAUUACUUUCCAAACUGGUUUUUGUUUCUGAAUGGCUUUUAAAGCUUAAUUUAUUUUAUAUUCUUGAUGUUUAACUCUUAAGUAAAGAGUAUCGUAAAAUAAAUAUUCCUCUUUCUUUGGAUGUUAUCAGACUGUUUAACAAAUGUUUAGUGUACAGUGGUACCUCAUUUUACAAACUUAAUUUGUUUUAUCAUUUUGGGAAAGAUGGCCGUGUUUGUGUCUGUGCAGGGAAGAUGGCUGUGAUCAUGUUUGUUACCUAAUGUGAAGUUUGCAAAUGGAAGCAAAAUUUUGCUGAACACUUUUGUGAAGCAUUGGUGAACCGAGGUAUUACUGUAUUUCUAAGUAUGUGGGUUGAAGUAGUUACAAAAGGUAUAGUCUCAGGCUUCAAAGAGCUUAUAAUGCAGUUUUAAAAAAUCAGGAAUACUUAUUAACAGGCAUUCUGCUAAGAACUUCAUGAAGAUGUUUCAUUCCUUGCACCAUCCUUUCAAAGGAAAGUAGUAUCUCCAUUUUACAAAUGAAAAUGUGUGGUGCAUAGUAGAUCCGCAGUGAAUGGCUUAGUGGGCUUGGGAGUCUGACCCAGACUUACCUCGGAAGCGUUGUGACUAAAUUGAAGUGACAUUGCUAUGGUGUUCAGGAGACUGGUAUGAAAAUCUAGGUAAAAUUAGGAGAAUGAGUUUCAGACCAUAGCCAUAGUAAUUAUUAGGAAAGGUGGAUGCCAGAGCCCUUUCUGAGGAAAAUUGAAGACUGAGGCAAGAGGAUUGCCAAGAGUUUGAGGCCAGCCUGGACUGCAUAGGGAGACCUUGUCUCAAAAAAACAAAUUCAGUGGCUGAACAAAGGUAGGAGUAAGGGCUGUGUCAAUCCUCAAACCCAGGGCUGUUAUUCUUCUAUACUGUUGUAAUUUGGAGGAAGACAGUGCUAUUUACAGAGACAAGAGGCAGUGUGAUUAGUCAUGUAGGGGAAACCAGUUUAAGCGGGGGUUAUCAGGAAGCUUCUGUGAGUCUCAUUGGUUUUCCUGCAGUCUUAAGUGCAACUCCUUUGUCAUCCCUUUUCACCUUCACCUCUAUGCUGUGCAUGUUCUGGUCACUCAGUCACUCAUUCACUGUGUCCUAAACCAUCUUGUUCACAUCUCACCCUUUUUUUACUCUUCACUGCUUUGCCUUUGCAGAUUUACCUGUCAACUUACCAUUACCGGCAGCUCUCACUAGUGUGGGCUCUAUUACAGUCUAUAUUUUUCAAGAGGUGAUAGGUGCUGCCCUUUCUCCCUGAUGGAGUGCUUCUGUCAAAAACCUCUGCUUCUGGAGGAAAGCAAUAUCAUGAAGGGCUUGUAAAACAGCAUUGGAGGGUUUUUCUGAUCAUUAAUAGUAAUGAAUAUUCAUUGUAGAGUUUGGUAUGAUUAUCUCCACUGUAUAGUUGUACAAACAGAUUGAGAGGGUAAGUACACCUGCACUUGCCUAAGGUCAUCCAGCUAAGUGGGGAGUUAGACUUCAAAUCAAAUUUUUAACCACCUCAGGCCUUUACUGACCGUUGUAUUUCUUUGUUGUUUUGGGUGCUGAGUACAGAACCCAGGACUUCACACAUGCCAACCGUGGGCUCUGCCAUAUCCCCUGCUCCUGUUCAUUCUGUUUUCAAAACGGGUGUUUCCUACCUUAUAUCACUGUUUAUAUCCCGUAUGGCACUUAUUACAACCUACAGCAAUUUUAUGUAUUGGUUCACUGUGUUGUCUCUACUAGAUUGUAAGCUCCAUGAGAGCAGGAGUGGUAUCUUGCAUUCCAGAGCAUAACAUGGUAUGUGGUGCGUAAGUAGAUGCUCAAUAAAUAUUUGUGAAUGAAGAAA